AUGGAACUCAUUGAGGUCCAGAUUGUUCUGGUGGGGAAGACUGGAGUUGGGAAGAGUGCAUCAGGAAACACCAUCCUGGGGAGGAAAGGUUUCCUAUCAAAGUUUUCCUCUCUUUCUCUGAUAAAAGACUGUAACAAGGUUCAAGGGAAGGUGGAUGGGCAUAGUGUAACUGUUAUUGACACCCCAGGGUUGUUACAUACUACAUUGUCCAAUGAGGAGGCACUGAAAAAGAUCGCUCCGUGCAUCUCUCUCUCUGCUCCUGGUCCCCAUGUGUUCCUGGUUGUGAUCAAGCUGGGAAGAUUCACUGAAGAGGAACAGAAAACUGUGGAGAUGAUUCAGAGAUUCUUUGGUGAUGAAGCAUCGAAAUACACCAUGGUUCUCUUCACACAUGGAGAGAGUCUUGAUGAUGAUGUAACAAUUGAAGACUUCCUGCUUAAAAAUCCAAAUCUGGAAAGUUUACUUUCCCAAUGCAAUGGGGGGUAUCAUGUCUUCAACAACAAAGAUAAGAAUCGCUCCCAGGUCACUGAGCUGCUUGAGAAGAUAAACAAGAUGGUGAAGAUGAAUGGAGGAAGCCACUACACCACUGAGAUGUUCCAGGAGGCUGAGAGAGCGAUUGAAGAAGAGAAAGAGAGGGAUAAGAAGGAGAGAGAGAAUAAAGAGAGAGAUUAAAAAGAAA